UCACGCAUGCGCGUACCGUCAAUCUGGGGGACAUGUGUUUUCAAGCACGAAAUCGUUUUUCUAGCAACUGUUUCUAGCUAGUUAAAAUCAUAUUUCUUUCAGCUCAUGUUUUGCACGUAAAUUACAACAGUUACCCUUUACUGGUUUUGAUUGUUUCCGGUGACAGAGUCGGAAUAAUCUGAACAGAAACACGUGAGAAAGGUUAUUUGUUAGUUACUGUAGCAUUCAUCGUUAGGACAGCAUGGGGCCCGUAAUAGAGCUCAUUGCUGGAAGUUACGAGCAGAUCGCCUUUGGUUACCGGGUGUCUACAGGUGAAGAGGAGUGGACAGCCACGGCAGACUUCACCCACCAUGCCCACACUGCCUCAGUGUGCGCGGUGGCCACCAGCGAGAGGUAUAUCGCUACAGGAAGCAGAGACGAGACCAUCCAGAUCUACGACAUGAAGAAGAGGGUUGAACAUGGAGCUCUGCUGCAUCACGACGGUACCAUUUCAUGUCUGGAGUUCUAUGGCUCCUCCCACCUGCUGAGUGGAGGACAGGACGGGCUGCUGUGUGUUUGGAGCACCAGGAACUGGGAGUGUCUUAAGUCUAUCAGAGCACACAAAGGUCAAGUUACGUCACUGUCCGUCCAUCCCUCCGGGAAACUGGCCCUGACUGUCGGCACAGACAAGACACUUCGAACGUGGAAUCUAAUCGACGGAAGAUCGGCUUUCAUCAAAAACAUUAAACAGAAUGCAGUGAUAGUGAAGUGGUCUCCCGAGGGGGAUAAGUAUGUGGUAGUGAUCGGCGACAAGGUGGACGUUUAUGACCUGGAAACAGCGACUCUGACAUCAACCAUAAUCAACCCCAAGAGGAUCUCAUCCAUCAAGUUCCUCACUAAUUCCAUCCUGGCCAUAGCUGGGGACGACGAGACAGUCAGGCUGUGUGACAUCAACACUCAGAAGGUGCUCUGUGAGUUCGAGGCUCAUGAAACCAGGGUGAAAUCGGUGGACAGUUUCACCGUGGACGACUUCUGUGUUCUGGUGACGGCGUCAAACGAUGGCUUCAUCAAAAUGUGGAAACUUAACCUUGAGUCCUUGGAGCCUCCGGUCCUCCUGGGGAAGGUGAAUACUACAGCGAGGUUGACCUGUCUGGCCGUGUGGAAGCCCACCACUCUACAGGAGUCUCCCCCGGAGGUCAAAACAGAACCUACUACGUCUCACGACGUCAAGGAUGUCCUGGAACUUGAGAAGAGGAAGAAGAGGGUCAGGAUCUCGACUGUAGAAGUGGUCCAAGAGGAAGAUGCUUCACCCAAGAAGAAAAAAGAUGGUGGGAAAAAAAAGCUGAAAACUUAAUAAAAAAAUAUAUUUUAAAAUUGUAGUUUCAACCUGGUGUCAGGUCAUUUCGUAUUAUUCUGUACGUAAAUCCGAGCUGUACCUUUUUAGUAUGAUAUGUUACGUUUCUUAUGGUAUGUAUUAAUUUGUGGAUGUCCAUCACCCAUUUUGUGUAUGUUAUGAAUUUGCUAAAUAAAUGAUAUGUUACAUUCUAGCUAGAUGGCUAACAUUAGCUUGUCUAGGGGUUAGGGUUAUGUUUAGGAGUUAGGUUAAAGGUUUAGGGGAAGGGUUAGCUAACAUGCUAAGUAGCUAGAAAGUAGUUGCUAAAGUUGUCCAGGAUGAGAUUCAAACUCACAACCUUUGGGUUGCUAGAUGUUUGCGUUACAUGCCCACCCAUCUCUUGAUCAACCACCCUACUUGUUUUUUUGCCUUAAGUAACGAUCCAUAUUAUGUAACCGUAACAUAUAAUACUAAUUUGAGUGUUCCGGAUUUACAUUUACUAUGUUACGCCUAGUCUGAGACCAGGCUGGUAUUUUUGGUGUGUAUAUGAUGUGGUCUUAGAUCUGUGACAAUGACAUUUGGCCACUAGGGGGUGACAGACCUACUUUAUAAACAGCUUGUAUGUCCUUUUA